AUGACAGAUCCAAGCCUCUAUCGUGUUAGCACGCCCGACUUUCGCGCCUUGGCAGCCAAGUACCCGGCGACAUUGGGCAAGUUUGUCAAGGAUGACCGCGGCUAUGAAGCCAAGAUAGACUUCCAAGAUGCCGAGGCAGUCAGAUGUCUUGCCGAAACCCUACUACAGCACGACUUUGGCAUAUACGCCACUUUCUCACUCUCAAACUUGUGUCCUACUUUCCCCUUCAGACUAGCAUACAUCUCCCUAAUCCACGAGCUCCUAACUUGGAGCCUCCCCACAUGGCAUCUCCUCCACCACUUUCAACACCAACCUCCCCCCGCCGACGACAGGAUUCGCGGAUUAGACAUCGGCACAGGCGCAUCAGCCAUCUAUCCUAUCCUCGGCAUUGCUUGCUUUCCACACUGGAACUUUACUGCCACUGACAUCGAUCCCAACAGCCUCGACUAUGCAAAGAACCACAUCAUCGAUCAUCCCAACAACGGAACCCACCUCAGCGAUCGAGUCUCGCUGCUUCAUGUGGACCCAAAUGCCUCCUUCCUACCUGAUCAACAGACUGGACUGGAGUUCACGAUGUGCAACCCACCCUUCUACACAAGCUUUGAAGAAAUGAAUCGUUCGGCAUCACUCAAGAAGUUGCCUGCGAAUGCUGUCUGUCACGGCUCGAGAUCAGAAAUGAUCGUCGAAGGAGGCCAAGUCCGCUUGGUCCAGCGUAUGAUACGUGAAAGCAUCACCACCGAGAGAAAGGUUCUUUGGUGGACUUGUAUGCUAGGCAAAUUGUCCAGUGUUGCUCAGCUCGCCGCUGAAUUGAAAGUGUUAUCAGGAGAGGGGAAAAUAGGAGGAUGGGGCGUAAACGAGCUAAAGACUGGUGGAGGCAAGACUAAGCGAUGGGUCAUUAUGUGGACCCGGACAAAGCUCAGACUCAGCGAUGAGCUCGGAAGGAAGGAUCUUCGGAGCUCGCUAGAGAAAAGCCGUCCCAACUCGACAGAGCGUACAGGGAAGAAGCUAGAUGUGGGACCUGGAUGGACUAGAAAGGAGCUCCUGGAAUCUACCAUGGCAAUCUUGAGAGACCUGGAUGGAUGUUUUGUUUAUCCUUCUUCAUACUCUGGGCAGCAAGACGCAGGGCAGCGGAGGGGAAGCAGAUUUAGAUCUCAGUCAGUGUCAGAGUUGAAUCAAGCAGUUCGGAGGAGGUCAGAUGCAGAUCCAGGUAGGCUCGAUGUGAUUUUGACGCAAGAAAGCUGGACUCGUCGAGCACGACGGUCUAAGCUCCAAGCACAAGCCUCUGACUCGACGCACUUGCAGGACACAUCAAACAUAGAGCCGCUGAUGAUGGUGAGGAUCUCCAUUCACGAGACGAAUGAAACCGGAGGGACUGGGCUCGUUGUCAAGGUGAAUUGCACAUACGGCAUCGAUAUGGUCAAAUUCGAGUCUUUUGCUAUGUUCUUUCUUGGCGCCGUCGAACGCAAAGUUCAGCAAAGUACCAGGAGAAGCACCGACAGCGCUGAUGCACAAGCAUAG